GACACACUCAUUUCUCACAAUCCUCAACCUCAAACAUUAUCUUAAAAAAAAAACUAACACACAAACACAAUAGAUAUGGAAGGUUCAGUACAAAUUAAUGUACCUGAAUCUAAUUCCAUCAUUGAGCAUGAAAAGAAACCAAUGUUAUCAUGGGAUGAAAUUAUUGAAAAAAGUUUAUCAAAUUUUGGUUGGAUGGAUUUCUUACAAGCUGUUCUUGUAGCAGUAGCAAUGUUUUUUGAUGCACAACAAUCAUUCAUAAGCAUUUACACUGAUAAUUACCCAAAAUGGCACUGCAUAAACACAAACACAAAUUCAUCAUGUUCUUCAUCUUCUAAUAUUUGCAAACUCCCAAGAUCUUCUUGGUCUUGGGACACACACCCUUCAAACACAAUCAUUUCUCAUUGGAAUCUUGAAUGUGCUAGCACAUUCAUCACUGGUUUACCACAAUCUUCUUUCUUUAUAGGUUGUCUUCUUGGCUCUACUUUUCUUGCAGCAUUAGCUGAUUCGUCUUUUGGUCGGAAAAACAUGUUAAUUUUUUCUUGUGUCUCAAUGUCAAUAACUUCCAUGGUCAUAAUCUUUUCAACAAAUGUUUGGAUUUACUCUGCCUUGAAAUUCUUGAUCGGUUUUUGGCGUUCAUCCAUUGGUACAUGUGUUCUUGUUUUACUUACCGAAAAAGUUAGUGCUGAAUGGCGAUUUCGAGUUGGAAUUGUUGAGUAUUUUACUUUCACAAUGGGGUACAUGUCAUUACCCGGUUUCGCCUAUAUAAACCGCAACUCAUCGUGGAAAACUCUUUACCUUUGGUCCUCAGUCCCCACUAUAUGUUACUCUGUCAUUGCUUAUCUCUUCAUUAACGAGUCACCCAGGUGGCUCGUUAUGCAAGGUCGAGAAAAAGAAAUUUUGAAAAUGCUCAAAAGGGUUUCAUCAGAAGAAAAUGCUGAUGAUGAUAACGGUAAUCUCACUACGAGUUUACCGAAACUACCCACUAAAGAAAAUUUUUCAAUUUUUCACCUUUACUCAUCGAUAGGUGAAUUGUUUCAUAAGAGAUGGGCUAUUAUAAGAAUGAUAGCUGUUAUGAUUCUUGGUAUUGGAAUUGGAAUGGUUUAUUUUGGUAUGCCACUAGCUGUUGGAAAUUUGGGAUUCAACAUUUAUUUGGCAGUAGUUUUUAGUGCAUCAAUGGAAAUUCCUUCAUGUGUAGCAACAUAUUUCUUGGAAAACUAUAGAAGAAAACCAUCAAUUCUUGUUUUUUCAAUCUUAGGUGGAAUUUGUUGUGUUAUGUGUGUUGUUUUUGAGAAUAAAGUACCAGCAGCUAAAGUGGUGUUAGCAAUGGUUGCAUUUUUCGGCGCUUGUACAGCUUAUAAUGUGUUUCUGAUAUACAUUAUAGAGUUGUUUCCGACAUGUGUGAGGAACACAACGACGUCGUUGGUUAGACAAGCAAUUGUGUUUGGUUGCAUAUUUUGUCCCUUUUUGAUAUCUGCAGGGAGGAAAAAUAAUAUUUUCUCUUAUGGUGUGUUUGGAGCUGUUAUAAUAUUGUCAAAUUUUACAUUGUUCUGUUUGCCAGAGACUAAAGGGAUUGUUCUUUGUGAUACUAUGGAUCAACAAGAGAAGAAAGAAAUAGCUCUAUGUGAUGCCAUAAAUCAAGAGAAAACAGGAAUUGUUUCUGUGUAAGAGGUUUUAUUUAUAUUUUUUUGUUUAUCAAGUACCUUAGUGUUUAAUGAGGUUCGAACCCUGGUUCCUGUAAUAAUUUACGAUGUCCCUGCUAAUUGAGUUAUGUUCACGAUGAUGACAGAGGUUUUUAGUUUUUAAUUCAAA